AUGGGACCGGGAUGCUCGUCACUGGCGUAUGGAGCGUUACAAGAGCUUGGGCCGUUUAGAGUGCACAGCGACGGCAAAACGCUUUUCAGAAACCGAUAUGCAUGGAACAAUGCUGCGAACGUGCUCUUCUUAGAAUCGCCGGCGGGAGUGGGGUUCUCGUACACCAACACAACGUCGGAUCUCGAUAAGCACGGGGACAGGAACACGGCGGCCGAUAACUACAUCUUUUUGGUCCAGUGGCUGGAGAGGUUCCCAGAGUUCAAAGGCAGGGACCUGUACAUCGCCGGUGAGAGCUAUGCCGGCCACUAUGUUCCCCAGCUUGCACAUACUAUCCUUCGCCACCACCCGACGAGCUUCCUCAAUCUCAAGGGGAUUCUGAUGGGAAAUGCGGUGAUCAACGACGAGACAGACUUGAUGGGCAUGUACGACUUUUUCGAGAGUCACGCGCUCAUCUCCGAGGAUUCUUUGGUUAAACUCAAGAAUAACUGUGAUCUCAAGACGGAGUCUGCGAGUGUGAUGACAGAGGAGUGCGCGGUGGUGUCGGACCAAAUCGACAUGAACACGUAUUACCUGGACAUCUACAACAUAUACGCUCCCUUGUGCCUCAACUCCACGCUCACUCGCAGGCCCAAGAGAGGAACCACAAUAAGGGAAUUCGAUCCGUGCAGUGACCAUUACGUGCAGGCCUACCUGAACAGGCCGGAGGUCCAGGCGGCCUUGCACGCAAACGCUACGAAGCUGCCUUACGAGUGGGAACCGUGCAGCAGUGUGAUAAAGAAGUGGAACGACAGUCCCACCACAGUGAUUCCUCUCAUCAAGGAGCUGAUUGGUCAGGGCGUCCGUGUCUGGGUCUUCAGCGGGGAUACGGACGGGAGAAUUCCGGUCACGUCCACCAAAUACUCGCUUAAGAAGAUGAAUCUAACGGCCAUAACGGCUUGGCAUCCGUGGUACCUAGGGGGAGAGGUGGGAGGAUACACAGAGGAAUACAAAGGGAAGUUGACAUUUGCCACCGUGAGAGGUGCUGGCCAUCAAGUUCCCAGUUUCCAGCCCAAACGCUCUCUUUCGCUCUUCAUUCACUUCCUCAAUGACACUCCUCUCCCUGACACCUCUCGUUACUAA